CUCCGGGUCGCGCUGUGGUCAUCAAAACAUAAACAAACUGUCAGGUGGAGGCCGGGGUUCCAACAGGUGUCCCCUCGAAGCAGAGUCAAAAAUAACUUCCAAAACCCGUUGCACAUCGUCAGAAAAGAUGGCUAAGGGAGAUAUAGCGAGAACUCUGAGUAAAAUAAGGCUCAGAAUGAUGGUGUUGUGUCUCUUGGGCGUCGCGCUGUCUCUCUACGCUCUUUACGUCGAGUUCCUGAAGGAAGCCGAUGAGAAUUACGAAGCCAUGUGCGACAUCAACUCCUACAUCUCCUGCUCCAAAGUCUUCACUUCCAAAUAUGGCCGAGGCUUUGGCAUUGUGGGUGAGUACCUAGGGAAGGACCACAUCCUGAACCAGCCAAAUAGCAUCCCUGGCAUCAUGUUCUACAUACUGAUCCUUGCCCUUGGUGAGAUCAGAUCCCCAACAGCAGCAAAGAUCCAGCGUGGCUUGGUCUUCACCUCCAACUUUAUGAGUCUCUACCUAGCUUACCUCCUCUACUUCAUCCUGCAUGACUUUUGCAUUGUUUGUGUCAGCACAUACAUUGUCAACUUCUUGCUAACCCUCUGUGCCUUCCACCGAGUAUCUACACUUGGGAAACUGCCCAAGAGGAAAAUGAAGUAGGGAUGUGGUGGACAGCAACUUUGGUGAAGAUAAUUGUAUUCUACAUUUUUGAACAUUUCUGAUGGAACCUCUAUGAUGAAUUUACAUCUCUGCAAAACAUAUCCAAAAGAAAAUCCUGCUUAUAAAAAAAAAGCAGUAUUGCAUAAUAUCAUCAUCAGCUUCUUGCUUGACAACGUCUUACUUUUGUUAUCAAUUUUCUUCUUUUCAAUUUCCACAAUACAUGUAAACAAAAGGAAUUUUAUAAUUUGGUGCAUUCUGUUUAUGUUAUUGUUAAGAACAUUUGAUAAAAUUAAUAAGUAAAAGGUGGAGUAGGCAAGACAAAGAUUUUCUUUUUAAUGCUGAUAAAGUCUGUAUUUAAAGAAAAUAAUAAUGCUCUUGUCAUAAAUUAUAAUGAAAUAAUAGUAGUUAGUCUUAUUUUGUCUGUUGAUGACUCUGGGAGCCUCUAUGUCAUAAGCCUGACAGCUGGCAAUACAUGUCGCAAAUCAGAUGAGAAGAUAGUCCUUUGGUUUUAUUUGUGUUGUUUUCAACUUGAUUAUUAGAGUAGAUGAUAAAGGAUAAUGUGAUAACAAUCUUAGGAUAAUGAUGGGUUUUUUCGUUCUUUCUUUCUUUUCCAGCUUUUUCAGUGUAUGGGAAGAUAGAUGGACUGAUAUAAAUAUUAAAGCUUGUUAUCCCCAGAAUAAUAGUUGGUUUAUGCAAGAAUUUUCUUUUAAAAUGUAUCUGAAAAAGCUCUCUAAUUCAGUUGUUCAAAAGGGAGUGUUAAAAUGCAGUAAAAGCACAAUUUCCCAAUAGAAAUAAAAAGAUUUUCUAUCUUUUCACAAACUUGCAUUUUCAUUUUUUGAUAUUUUCCUCCUCUUUACUACCUGAAGUUAUAAUGAUUUACACUGUUGGCAAAGAAGAAAUACAUUAGUAUUACUCAAAGAAAAUUCUCUUUGAAACAUAGGCAAUACUUAUGCUUCAAAGAGUCUGGUAGUUAUCAUUUUCUCCUCUUUUUUUUUUUCUUUUUUUAAUGCAGAGCUUAAAUGUUUGUUAGGGUUGUUGUUGAAUACCAGCUGUAAAAUAAUCAAAUGGUGAACAAAAGGUAGCAUUUAGUAUUUGACAGAUAAAGGAUCUUCAGUUUUAGAUAUAUAUUUAUAGCAAUCUCUGUGCCAGUGGUUCUUAACAUUCUAACUACUACACCCUUAAUAGGCAGUGGUUCUUCCCCCACUAGAUUUUAAAGAUAAAGUACAAAUAGAAUUCUGAAUUAAGGAAUAACAGAGCAACACAUGUUUGCUCACAAUACCCCAAUAAAGAGAAGAGUGAGAGAAAAGAAAAGAGAAAAAAAGAG